AUGGUGUGCACUAUUCAGAAUGGGAUGCAUAAGAUGACACUAAUAGCAGUUUAUGGUCUCCAUACCAUUUUAGACAGGAAGUGUCUAUGGAGGGGAUUGUUAGGUUAUAUGCAAAACCAUGAUCCUAUGAUUAUAAUUGGAGAUUAUAAUGCAAUAUGUAACUCUAAUGAUGGAGCAAAUGGGACCCUGGUAACAGAUGAUGAAACUGAGGACUUUGAAGAUUUCUUACUCCAAUCAAGCUUGAUAGAGGCUAUGAGUGCAGGGCUCUUAUAUUCCUGGUCUAAUAGUAGUGUGGGGAGUGAGAGGGUGGUUAGCAUAAUUGACAAGGCCUUUGUGAACCAUGCCUGGGUAAGGAUGUAUGCAGGGGUUGUUGUGCAAUAUCUAGCACCUGGGAUCUCUGAUCAAUCUCCUCUACUGUUUACUUUACAGGAUGAUAGUCAGCAAGGGGGCAGACCACUCAAAUUUAUGAAUAUUAUGUAUGAUCAUGUUGAUUUCCUUGACACUAUGGAAAAAGCCUGGAGCUCAGUUAAAAGUAGAUAUAGGUUACAGUCAGUCUGGUUGAAGUUAAAAGUUAUCAAGAUAGAAUUGAAGAUGAUGGAAAUUCAUAAGUUUGGCAAACCUCAUGACAAGGUGGAGUAUUUAAGACAAAAGCUCUGUGAUCUACAAAAUCAAGUUGAUUUUAACAAAAAUGGGGAAGCGCAGAGUAAUGCAAAGGUUCUAAGUGAUGAAUUGAGACAUUGGUCUUAUAUUGAGGAGAAUAUUCUUCAGCAAAAGGCGAGGAUUAACUGGCUGAAACAGGGUGAUGCAAAUUAG